AUGGAAGGCAUCCAGACACAUCCGUCCAACGCCGCACAGGCAAAGGCGUUUACUGCUCCCGGCUCGUUGUCGUUUCCGGGAGCUACGAAUGAGUUGACACCGCCGGCGAGUAGUGGCGAUGCCAUGCAGCGGCCAGGGGCAAAUGGCCAAAACGCAGCUAACGGAAAUGGGGUGACUCCCGCGACUCCUGCCGCGACGCCUUCUGCCACGCAAGGUCCCAGUGGCAUAACUCCUACUUUGCAGAACAUCGUGGCCACGGUCAAUCUUGAUUGCCGUCUGGACCUCAAGACGAUAGCCCUGCACGCCCGAAAUGCGGAGUAUAACCCAAAGCGUUUCGCCGCCGUCAUCAUGCGUAUUCGUGAGCCCAAGACUACGGCUCUGAUUUUCGCCAGUGGAAAGAUGGUGGUUACUGGUGCCAAGUCUGAGGACGACUCCAAGCUGGCAUCUCGAAAGUACGCCCGCAUCAUCCAGAAGCUUGGCUUCAACGCCAAGUUCACGGAUUUCAAGAUUCAAAACAUUGUCGGUUCUUGCGACAUCAAGUUUCCCAUUCGUCUGGAGGGUCUGGCUUCGCGCCAUCACAAUUUCAGCUCUUAUGAACCUGAACUGUUUCCCGGUCUCAUUUACCGCAUGAUCAAGCCGAAGAUUGUUCUUCUCAUCUUCGUCAGUGGCAAGAUCGUUUUAACGGGCGCCAAGGUCAGAGAGGAGAUCUACCAGGCUUUCGAGAUGAUUUACCCUGUGUUGCAAGACUUCCGAAAAGUCUAG